CCCCCCGCCCUCCUCCCCUCCUGCGAAACUCCAGCAACAAAGAAAAGUCAGCGGCGGCGGAACCGAGACGCCCUGUUCGCUCGGCCGCUCCUCCCCGCCGGCCGAGAAGGAAUACAGCCAUGGCCACCCAGGUGAUGGGACAGUCUCCUGGAGGAGGAGGGCUGUUCACCAGCAGUGGCAACAUGGGCAUGGCCUUGCCCAACGACAUGUAUGACUUACAGGAGCUCUCCAAGGCGGAACUGGCCGCCCCCCAGCUUAUCAUGCUGGCCAACGUUGCCCUGACCGGGGAAGUGAAUGGCGGCUGCUGUGAUUACCUGGUGGGUGAAGACAGACAGAUGGCAGAGCUGAUGCCUGUUGGGGACCACUUCUCCGACAGUGAUGGAGAAGGACUUGAGGAGGCCUCGGAAGCAAAAGGUGAAUCCAGCGCACUGCAGAGCAUGGAGCUGCGGAGCCUGGAGCUCGGUGCCGUGGAGCCUCAGCAGCCCGUGUUUGAGGCCGCGGCCACGCCAGCGGUUUACGGCUCCAACAAAGAGGUUCCGGCCGAAGCCCCGGGAGCGGAGGACAAAGGCAAGAGCUCGAAGACCAAGCCCUUCCGCUGUAAGCCGUGCCAGUACGAAGCCGAGUCGGAGGAGCAGUUUGUGCACCACAUCCGCGUCCACAGCGCCAAGAAGUUUUUUGUGGAAGAAAGUGCCGAGAAGCAAGCCAAAGCCAGGGAGGCUGGCUCUGCCCCCGCCGAAGACGGGGAUCUCUCCAAGGGCCCCAUCCGCUGCGACCGCUGCGGCUACAACACCAACCGCUACGACCACUACACGGCGCACCUGAAGCACCACACCCGGGCCGGCGCCAACGAGCGCGUGUACAAGUGCAUCAUCUGCACCUACACGACAGUGAGCGAGUACCACUGGAGGAAGCACCUGAGGAACCACUUCCCCAGGAAGGUGUACACGUGCGGGAAGUGCAACUACUUCUCAGACAGGAAAAAUAAUUACGUUCAGCAUGUUCGAACCCAUACAGGAGAACGCCCUUAUAAAUGUGAACUUUGUCCUUAUUCGAGUUCUCAGAAGACUCAUCUAACUAGACAUAUGCGAACUCAUUCAGGUGAGAAGCCAUUUAAAUGUGAUCAGUGCAGCUACGUGGCCUCUAAUCAGCACGAAGUGACUCGCCAUGCACGGCAGGUUCACAAUGGGCCCAAGCCCCUGAACUGCCCACACUGCGACUACAAAACAGCCGACAGGAGCAAUUUCAAGAAACACGUGGAGCUGCAUGUUAACCCACGGCAGUUCAACUGCCCUGUGUGCGACUAUGCAGCUUCCAAGAAGUGCAACCUGCAGUACCAUUUCAAGUCGAAGCAUCCCACUUGUCCAAAUAAAACUAUGGAUGUCUCAAAGGUGAAACUAAAGAAAACCAAAAAGCGAGAGGCUGACCUGCCAGAUGCCAGUAUUACCAAUGAGAAAGCUGAAACACAGCCGACCAAGACAAAGGGAGAUACAGCCGGGAAGAAAAAUGAGAAGUCUGUGAAAGUGGAGAAAAAAGAUAGUGCUUCAAAAGAGAAGAAGCCUUGUGGCAGCGUCUCGGCGAUACAGGUGAGCACCAGAACUCGCAAGCUGGUGGCGGAGGCGAAGGAGGCAGAUGGACACGCGGGCAGCAGUCCCGAGAAGUCCAGCAAGACCAAGAAGAGCAAGCGCAAGGUGGGCGCCGACGCCGAUUCCCCACAGGAGGCGCCCAAUGAGGAGGAGCCUGUGGCGAAAAAGAGAAAGAAGGCGGAAGGCAAGUGCAGAAUUAGUCAGGAAGCCCCGAAGGGUGACAGCAAAGCCGAGGAGGCUGAGAAGCAGACUCCCAGCGUGAAGAAAAGUACAAAGAAGAAAACUCUGAAAAAUAGACCAAGUAAGAGAAACGGCAAGCUUGCUGCGAGGGAGCCAGCUCUGGAGGAACCUGCCCCGGAGGAGCCGGACCCUGAGGCCCCUGCUCCCCUGGCGGCUGCAGGGGUUCGGCUGCCUUCCCCCGUGGGGCCGCCCCUCGUGGGGCCUGUGCCGGUGCAGCCCGUGCCGGUGGAGCCCCUGUCGGAGCCCGUGCCGGUGGAGCCCCCGCCUCCCACAGAACAUCCUCUUCCCAUGGACCCUCUUCCCAGAAAGUCCCCUCUUCGCAGAGAGAGCAGGAAGGAGAAGUACGACCCGCAGGAUGAGAGGACACUGAAGGAGCAGGUCCUCAGUGAGGUGGGCUUAGUGCCUGUCAAAGACAGCCAGCCGCCCAAGGCAGGCGCAGCCCCCCAGGAGCCCGCCCCGCCAUCACCACCGUUGCCAAAGGAAGACUCACUGGCAGAGGAGGCGCCAGGCCCAAGGGCAGGCGCAGAAGGUGAAGGAAGCCCAGAGAUGCCCGUCGAGGAAGAAGCAGCUGCAGAGGCAGGGCCGCACGGAGCUCGUGUGGCGGCUGGUGCCAGCAGUGCUGCCAGCCGUCCGUCCUCCGAGCAGAGCCCAGGCACAGCGGAUGGUCACACGCCGCCGGGCCAGCAGCAGGCAGACGCAGCGCCUCGGGAGACGGAGAUGCUCACGGAUGAGAACAUGGCCGAAGGUCCCCGUGCUGGUCAGGACCCCCCCGUGGAAGGACCAGCCUCUCCGCUGCUGCCCACCGCACAGACAGAGCAGGAAGCCGCCUCCAGCAGCGCCCCAGCCUCGCCUCCAGCCACCCUGGCAGGAAAUGAGUCUCCGGAAAUCGAGGAAGAUGAAGGCAUCCACAGUCACGACGGUAGCGACCUAAGCGACAACAUGUCGGAGGGCAGCGACGACUCUGGGCUGCACGGCGCGCGGCCGGCCCCUCGGGAGACCCGGGGCAAAGACGCCCAGGAGGCUCUGGCGCCCAAAGCGGCCCAGGGAGACUUUGUUUGUAUCUUCUGUGACCGUUCCUUUAGAAAGGAAAAAGAUUAUAGUAAACACCUCAAUCGCCACUUGGUGAACGUGUACUUCCUUGAAAAAGCAGCUACAGGACAGGAGUAACGAAAGUGGACGGGAGUUUCGGUUCUUAGUAUGUAAGAAUGAUUGAAUUUUGUUUAUAGUGGUAGACACCUUUUUAAGAUUGCUUUAAUCAGCGUCCAGUGUCGGUUUCUCAGCGGCUUUGUUUUCCUGGGGGUUUUGUGUGCGCCUGUAGAUGGUUGUGUAAGUUUUAGCACGUCCAAGGGCGUGUUAAGCCAACAGGAUGCCUG